AUGGCAACGAACGGUACACAACGUCAACAGAAGAAAGAAAACUUCCUGCGACAGUUUCGAGAUGAACAUAGUAAAGAAAUCAAACCAUUGACUGCUGCACAGUUUAUGGAAAUCUGGAGUCAUUAUGAUACUGACGGUAAUGGCUUUAUCGAAGGACAUGAAUUAGAUGAUUUACUUCGUGAACUUGCGUCAUCCGUUAAUUCCAAUGAUGCAGGUCCCGAGUUGAUACCUGAUAGUGUGCUGAAAGAGUUAAAAGAAAGUUUUCUUGAAGCGUACGAUGAAAAUGAUGAUGGAAAAAUUGAAAUGGCAGAAUUAGCAGAAAUCCUUCCGACUGACCAGAACUUUCUUCUGCUCUUUCGUAAAGAUUAUCCACUUGACUCAAGUGUUGAAUUUAUGAAAGUCUGGAAACAAUUCGACACGGAUUGUUCCGGUUACAUCGAAGCGGAUGAGUUAAAACAAUUUAUCAAAGCUUUACUGACGAAACGACAAGGAACGAACAUCACUGAAGAGAAAUUAAUCGAAUACACCGACACAAUCUUACACAUGUUCGAUGCGAAUGGUGAUGGAAAAUUACAAUUCAGUGAAAUGACCAAAUUAUUACCAGUAAAAGAGAACUUUCUUUUACGUCCAAUUUUUAAAGGCUGUUCAACGAUAACACCUCAGGAUCUAGAUCGUGUAUUUCAACUCUACGAUAAAGAUGGAAAUGAAAUAAUCGAAGAGGAUGAAUUAGACGGCUUUGUUAAAGAUCUCAUGGAUUUGAUUAAAAAAGAUUACGAUCAUGAAGAUUUACAGCAAUUUAAACGGACUCUAUUGAAUGGUUGUGAUCAUAAUCGCGAUAAAAAGAUCAGCAAAGCGGAAUUGAAAAUGAUUCUUCUUGCAUUGUCACAACCGACUGAUACCUAA